UGGUGUCCUGGCAACCAGGGAAACUUCCCUGCAGAUACCGGGAGAGGGAAGGCAUGGCUGGCCAAGGUUUGGAGGAAUUACUAUGAUCACAAAGCAGCAGGCAGCUUCUGGUCUAAAGAGCUUGCAAUCAUAGCCGGACAAUUCCUUGAAGAUCUGACAGUCUCAAUAUUCUGGAGAUCUUCCAAUAAGUCUCAGCAUGUCGGCGUCUGUGUCUUUCAAGGAAUUGGUCAAUCUUGCCAUCGGAUCUCCAGAGGUUGGUGCCGUUAACUUUAACGCUCUUUACACCCUCCUUCAUGGAAUGCUGGAGCACCUACAGCUGGGUGACGUGCGGAGGGCGCUUUCCCAGGAGGAGAAGGAAUUCUUACAGCCAGGGCUGAUUCUAGGGUCCAAGGCCAAUGAAGCAACGGAAAAGUCACCUUCACUCUUUCGCCAGGUGCAGGACAAGAUAACCAGGAUGGAGAGUAAACUCAUGGAGCUAGACUCUCUGCCAUCAUCUAAUAGUCUCUUACAAGCCAGUCAGUCCCAGAACAAGCCCGUUCAGGAAAUGUGGCAGCUGAUGCAACUCAAGAAGAAAGUGGAAAUGAACGAAGAUGGAGUCAACAAGGCGAUGAGUGUUUUUCAGGAACUGCUCAGUACAUUUAACAGCCUAAAACAGACCACUGAUCAUAUCCAAGGCGAUCUAAGUAAGCUGAGUGACACCGUGAAAAUGAUGGAUCUAAAUGCAAUUCAGCAGAGAUUGCUGGAUUUGGAGAGGCGCAACAAGGACAUGCCCACCCUGGCCGACCAGCUGGAGAGUCUUCAGAAAAAGCUUUUGUCUUAUCCAGAGUCAACAGAUUUGGCCACCUGGUCCUCACUUCAUGACUCAUUGACCGUUGAGGCCUCAGACAACAUGCUAAGCACUGACGCAAAACAAAAAAAUGCCAAGGGAAUCCUUCGAAACUUGGGGAAACUGCCCGGGAGACACGAGGAAUUGGCCGAACGGGUACACAGUAUCGAGGAAGAGCUGAAACGACUGGACAGAGAAAUCAGUAACGUGGGAAUCCCUGACAACUUGUUGCAGCAGCUUCAGAGCCUGAGACGAGAUGUGGACAGAAUAUUCAGUGAAAAUAGUAAGGGCAAGGAUGAGAUGAAGACUCUGCAAAAUGCUCUACAUCAGCUGAACAUGGCUCUGCAAAAACUGGAUUCAAAGACUGCUAAACUGGAAGCUGACCUAUCAGAGACAGCAACCUUGCAGGGCCAGAUCUAUGAACUGGAGAAAAAGAAACUCGACCGCGAGGAACUCACGUUAGAACUAAGCACUAAAGCGGAUAGGCGGGCGCUAGAUACUAAAGUGGGUCACUCUCAACUGGAGGCCGCUGUGAGCGAGGUCAAUGGCGUGCUGGACGAUCUGAUUAAGAAGCUGGAUGCGCAGGAUUCGGAGUGGCGGACCAUGCUGGAAAAACUGCUAGCCAGCCUGGAGGCAAAACUAAGCCGAUCCGACCUGGAUGCCAUUAACAGGGAUCUGGAGGAACUGAGGCACAUCCUGAAGAAGCACAUGGAGUCCAGACAAGCCUUUGAACCGGAUGGGGCUGCUGGUUUUAGGAAGAAGCUGUUUGAGACAGUUAAGUGCAUUUCUUGCGAUCGUCCUGUAACCGUGGCAACUGGACCGCACAUGGUUACUGUACGCACAGCCUCCCUGACUCCACGAAACCGUCCCACCACUGCGGACAUCAUCAGAGAAAGAAGCAUUGGAGACCCAUUACAAGUGACAGACUCCGAUUUCCAGUACUCAGAGAGCCAAAGACCCCACACGGCCUGCCCUCACUACAAGAGGAUGUCCCGUACACAGCACCUGACAACUGUAUACCCAUACGCUGACUAUGGGCAGUCUGUCUACAGAAAUAGCGAGUUUGACUUGAUUGGGAUAGAUGGCAUGAUGUAUAAGGGAAGACUAGAUAAGUCCUUCGGCAACCAAACAUCUGAGAAGGAUCCCUCAGUGGCGAUGACUCCCCUGCCACCAUCAAGGAUAGAGCGAGCGCGCUCUGCCACCCAGCAGAGAAGUCUGAGCACCCCCAUCAACCGUUCUUCAAUACAUUCUUCUCAGAACACCCGCAACUCACUCCAUGUGCCAACAGUCACAGAAUCCCCCAUCCUACAACAAAGCCUGGAAGGUGGCACGGAGACAGGACCGGACCAGUGAAUAAACUCAUGCAAUCACUGUGGGCUUGCAGAACAUGGAAGAGGGAACAGUCUGCUAUAAAUGAAGUGUAAUCCCUUCUCCCCGCUGUCUCCUGGAGCAAGUUUGAACCACUUGCAGUCUCCCAGAAUUCCCUGGAACUCUUUCUUUUAAUAUGAGAUUUUUACAUGUGCACUAUAUCAAUAAAUCUGAAAUAUUUUAUCAUA